AUGAUCCCAGAAGGACUGGUCCUUGCCGAUCCCAAGUUCCACAUUCCCGACAAAGUGGACUUGCUGAUUGGUGGGGAAUUAUUCUUCGACUUGCUGAAGCCAGGUCACCUCAGCCUAGCAGGUGGAUUACCACAGCUACGUGACACACAGCUUGGGUGGAUAAUAGCUGGCGUCAUCAUCGAACCACCACAUGCAUCCAACGUUUCUCCCAUGUACGUCCACGCAUCGGUUGCAGACAUCGAGCGGAACAUGCAACAGUUUUGGCAAAUCGAGGAAGUACCAGACGUCCCCAACCUGUCGACCGAAGAGAUAGCAUGCGAAGCCCACUUCCUAUCUACCUAUCAGCGUGAUGAAUCUGGAAGAUUCAUGGUCCAGCUCCCGUUCAAUAGUGAUCUUCCCCUCCUGGACGACUGUCGUGCUCUGGCCCUAAAGCGUUUUCUGAUGUUGGAGAAACGAUUCGUCCGCAAUCCAGAACUACGAAUUCAGUAUGUGGAUUUCAUCCGGGAGUACGAGACUCUCGGUCACUGCCGGGAAAUCAUGGAAUCUGAAGACCCGCCCAACCAGCAGAGCUACUACCUUCCUCACCAUGCCGUACUUCGACCUUCGAGCACGAAAUGCCGUGUCGUGUUCGACGCAAGUGCCAAAUCUUCGCCGUCGCAUCUUUCGCUGAACGAGGUACUCCACGUCGGUCCAGUAGUGCAAAACGAUCUACAUCAUAUUAUGCUACGAUUCCGUAAAUUCAAGGUAGCAUUUACCGGAGACAUCUGUAAAAUGUACCGUCAAGUAGUCGAAGCCCCAUCGGAUCGUCGAUUCUUGCGCAUUUUCUGGCGAGAGCAGCCGUCAUUGCCAUUGCGUGUCUUGGAGUUGUGCACUGUCACCUACGGUACCGCAUCGGCCCCCUAUCAAGCAACCAUGUGCUUGGUACAGCUCGUCAAGGAAGAUGGCGAGAACUUUCCCAUUGCCGCUCGUAGUAUGAAGGAGGAGACCUAUAUGGACGAUGUACUGUCAGGAGCUGACUCGGUGGAAGAUGCUGUCGUAGCCAAAGAGCAGUUGAAGAAACUCCUAGGUCGAGGAGGUUUUCCUAUACGGAAAUGGUGCUCAAACUCUCAGCAGCUGAUGGAGAACAUACCUAUCGAUGAACGUGAGACGAUGACUCCGGGGGAGCAAGGAGUGGACGAAACCAUAAAAGUGUUAGGCCUGCGUUGGGACCCAACCGCCGAUACGCUGAAGAUCGUCUAUCAUCCGAAUCCACCUGUGAAACAACCACCAACGAAACGUACGGUGUACUCCGAGAUCGCCAAAUUCUUCGACCCGCUUGGACUGGUUUCGCCGGUGAUCGUCUUGGUGAAACUCCUCGCGCAGAAGCUGUGGCAGCUUAAAAUCAACUGGGACGAUCCGUCGCCUACGAGUUGCAUGGUUUUUCGGAAAGAAUUGUGUGCCGCCCUCCUGUUGACCCGUUUACUGGCGAAGGUACUGCCAGCCCUGGAUAUACCGGUUCAGGAAGUUGUGCUGUGGAGCGACAGUACGAUUGUCUUGGCCUGGCUUAAGAAACCCCUCAACCAGUUGCAGCUAAUCGUUCGAAAUCGAGUCGCUGUGAUCCUGCAGCACACAGACAAGUUCCGGUGGGAACAUCUUCCAGAAGAUUCAGCUACCAACACUCUCUGGUGGCAUGGUCCGAGUUACUUUGAAGUGGAGUGCUACGAAGUGGUUAUUCCGGACGAGAUACCUGAGGAAGCGCUACCGGAACUCAAAGCUACCGUCGCCAUCUCCGAUAUAAGAAUGUAUAUGCCUUUAUUCUUCUCCAAUUACAGCAAAUUCCGCAAGCUACAACGAAUUGUUGGCUACAUUCGUCGGUUUGCUAAUAAUUGCCGUAAGCAGAAUCCAACCGACCGAGAAUUGAGACCCCAUCUGACCGUCCAUGAGCUUCGCCGUGCAACAGAAACCAUCAUCCACGUCAUACAACAUGCACACUUUGCUGACGAAAUCAAACGAGUCCUCGACAACGAACCCUGUAAGAGGUUAGGAAAUCUUCGUCCUAUUUACACCAACGAUUUGCUCCAUGUUGGUGGCCGACUUGACCGAUCGCAACUACCAUUUGAAAGUCGCCAUCAAAUUAUCUUACCGGAUAAGGAUCCGGUGAUUCAUCGUUUCAUCCAGCAGAUGCACUGCUGA